AGUUACAUUUCUCAUCUGAGUUUGUUAGAUCAGAACUAAAAUGAGCGGAAGAGGUAAAACUGGCGGUAAGGCGAGAGCGAAGGCUAAGACUCGCUCAUCCAGAGCUGGGUUGCAGUUCCCAGUCGGUCGUGUUCACAGACUUCUCCGUAAAGGCAAUUAUGCUGAGCGUGUCGGUGCCGGUGCUCCCGUCUAUCUGGCCGCAGUGCUCGAGUAUCUGACCGCUGAGAUCCUGGAGUUGGCCGGAAACGCCGCUCGUGACAACAAGAAGACUCGCAUCAUUCCCCGUCAUCUGCAGCUGGCGGUGCGCAAUGACGAGGAGCUGAACAAACUUCUGGGCGGUGUGACCAUCGCUCAGGGCGGCGUGCUGCCCAACAUCCAGGCUGUGUUGUUACCCAAGAAGACCGAGAAGCCCGCCAAGACCAAAUAAACGAACACAAGUUGAUUUAAACAUAAAGGCUCUUUUCAGAGCCACCCACUCCAUCCAUAAAAGAGCCAAUUGAAUAUAUUUGAUGUACUGCUAUUUCGAAUAUUCGGUGUUUAAUGCUAAAGCCAAAGAAA